GGAAAGUCAAGGAAUUGAAUUAAAUCCACCAGAAAAGAUGGCUCUUGAUCCUUACACUGAACUCCGGAAACAGCCUCCUCGUAAGUAUGUCACCCCAUCGGACUUUGAUCAACUUAAGCAGUUUCUCACCUUUGAUAAACAGGUUCUUCGAUUCUAUGCAAUCUGGGAUGAUACAGACAGUAUGUUUGGUGAAUGUCGGACCUAUAUCAUUCAUUACUAUCUAAUGGAUGGUACGGUGGAGAUUCGAGAGGUCCAUGAACGGAAUGAUGGGAGAGAUCCUUUCCCACUCCUGAUGAACCGUCAGCGUAUGCCCAAGGUUUUGACAGAGAAUGCAA